AUGGACUCCUUUUUGCACCUUGCUCGCCCUCUGGGUCCCGUCAGCGUGGGGACUGCUCCCACUACUGCCCCUCUCAACGUGGUCAUCCAGCCCCAGGCCAUCUUCUCCGUCCUCGACCACUCGCUGCGCCGUAAUGCCGACCAGGAACGCGUCAUCGGUACACUGCUAGGAACACGCUCUGAGGAUGGAAGUGAAGUCGAGGUCCGAUCCGCCUUCGCUGUGGGCCACUCCGAGGCCGAGGACCAGGUCGAGGUCGAUAUGGAAUACCACAAGCAGAUGCUCGCCCUGCACCUGAAGGCCAACCCGCGCGAGGUCCUUGUUGGCUGGUACGCCACUGCUUCCGAACUCAACACUUUCUCCGCCUUGAUCCAGAACUUCUACAGCGGCCAGGGUGACGGUACCUGGCCUCACCCCGCUGUCCACCUGACUGUCUCAACUCAGCCCGGCAAGGACCUCGAGACCCGUGCUUACAUUUCCGCCCCCGUCGGUGUCACCGCUGAGCGCGCUGCCGACAGUGCCGCCUUCAUCCCCGUCCCCUACGAGCUCCGCUACGGCGAGGCUGAUAAGAGUGGUCUCGAGUCGAUUGCCAACGCCAAGGACGCCGAGGAGCGUUCUGCCACCAUCACCUCCGAUAUUGAGUCUCUCGAGCUCGCCGUUGAGGAGGUUCUCUCCAUGAUUGACCGUGUCUCGCGGUACGUCGAGUCCGUUAUUGACGAGGAGACCCCCGCUUCGACAGCAAUGGGUCAGUUCCUGCUCAACGCUCUCGCUCUCGCCCCCAAGGUCGAGCCCGCCGACAUUGAGCGUGACUUCAACAACCACAUCCAGGACGUCUUGGUGGUCUCCUACCUCGCCAACACCGUUCGCACACAGAUGGAGCUGUCCACCCGUCUAGCAACCGCCCAGCUGACUCUGGGUGGUGGUGGUGAGGAGCUGCCACCGGAGAGGGCAAAGGCAACCAGCGUGGGAAGGGCAACCAAAACCGCCGUCAGGACCGCGAGGAAGCCCGCGCAUAAGGAAUUAAGCGAAAUUGAUGCAUAA